AAGAUACCAACACAAGAAGUCUUUUCUCUUCCCACUGAUCCAAGUGUACACAAAGUCCAUACAAAAUCUGUAGUCGUGACACAGUUCCAGCAGUCGUCGCCGCAUAAAUCCUACCCCUCCUCCGCCGCCACAAUGCCCGUUGACUACAGCAAGUGGGACGCAUUAGAGCUCUCUGACGACUCGGACAUUGAAGUGCAUCCCAAUGUCGACAAGAAAUCCUUCAUUCGCGCGAAACAGGCGCAGAUUCACCAGCAACGAGCCCAGAGAAAGCACAACAUCGCUACGCUCAAGUACGAGCGUAUCGUCAACGAUGGCAUGAUCGACCGCAUAGACCGUCUGCUCACCGUUCUGAAGUCACAUAGAGCUGCGUCAUCACAGUCUGCCGACGAGUUGGUUUUUCAGUCGCUGAUCGAGAGUGCGGGCGAUCCAAAGGAAGACCAGCCGCCACCCCCACCCCAAGGUGUGCACCAGAAUGUCAAGGAGCAGCCUGUAUAUUCUAAAAUGAUGGCGACUCUGGUUGAUCAAGUGAAGAAAGAGGUUGUUGAGCCUAACAAAGACGGCGACGACUUCGAGGCGUACAUUCGUGGCAUCACCGAACAUAGGACCAAAAUUGAAGGACUUCAAAGAGAUUUGAACACCAAGCUAGCCGAGUUGGAGGCUGAGGAAAAGCGAUACAUUACUAGCGACGAUAUACACACAGGUUUCGACUACUCAAGUAUACGAAAAGACACCACUCCUUCAUCUGAGACCUCGAAAGCUACAUCAUCUGGUGGUCCUGAGCUCCUCAACCCGUCGCGACCGGCGAUGAAGUCGUUCGACUCAGCACAAUCAGCAGGUGCAGACGCAGACAUAGAAGACGGUCCAGACCCAGAUGGUGCAACGGGAGCAGAUGAUGACGAUAAUAUCCGUGCUAGCCCCGAAGCCAAGCAAUUUGCAACGAUUGCAGUGGGCGACUAUCGCUCUUCCCUUGAGUUUAUAUCCAAGCACCCAGGCAUUCUCAAGGAGCGCGAAUCUGAUGGGUUAUUGAUCGAGGCCUUUGACGCACAGAUGGAAGGCAAGUCCAAAUAUGCUAAACAGUGUGUGCAUCAGGCAUUACUCAUACAGUACUGUCGGCAAUUGGGAAAGGACGGUGUCGGGUUGUUCUUCAAGCGUAUCACAACCCCCGGCCACCAAGCAGGCAAGCUGUUCACAGACGAUGUAAACACGACGUACGCAAAGAUACGGGAACGCGCAACUCAGAUAGCCAAGGAAAGGAAGGAAGAAGAUUCAAGGGGUGGUGAGGAACAGAUUCAACUACAUGCUGUUGAUCCAAGCACUGAGAUUACCAUCACGGUCCCGCCACCAAUACCGACGGAUCUGAGUGAAAGCAGUACACAACCUCCACCAACUCCCGAGCAAGUUCAGGCACGGCGAAUUUUCGAAAGCUUCCCACCAGGUCUUCGGCGUGCCUUGGAAAGUGGAAGUCUUGACGAGGUCAAUAAAGUGCUUGGCAAGAUGAGCGUGAGCGAAGCGGAAGAGGUGGUCGCCAAGCUAGGUGAAGGCGGCAUGCUAAAUUUGGAGGAAAAGGUCAUCGACGCAACAACGGAAGACGGAAAGAGAUUGGUUGAGGAAAUUGAGAGGACGCAUCGGCUUCCAGUUGAUCCAGACGCAGGUCCUGGACCGGAGGUGAUUGAGGCCGAAGAAUUGCCAGAGAGAGUAAGGGAAGAAGUGAAGCUUGAGGACGUUGUUGACUGAAUACACCUUGUUGAAGUUUGCAGACUAGCGCAAGUCAAAGAAUGCGCGUCUGCCGGAACUGACCACGCUUUUGUGUCAUGGCAGAAUCACCAUUGUAUAAACAAAAAGCUUUUCUUCAGCAUUCAUAUCACAUCCAUGAUUGAUAUUCAACUCACUGUCGCAGUUCUCCUAUACUCAAGCUGCUUGUAAAGCGACACUUUCUUCCAAAUAUCCUUGAACACUGCUCAAUGAAUGUCCAGACAGGGAAAUCCUGAUCAACG